AUGGAUGCAUCACUCGGAAUGGAUGAUGAUGAGUUUUUAAUUAGGCAAGUAGAAGCAGUUAAUGCAUCUUUUGGAUUGAACUCACAGACGGCUGAAGGGGUGCAAGGUUCGAAGGAUAAAGAUAGUGGAGCGGCUGUAGAUGGGGUUAAUACGGCUUCGGGUAAUAUGCUACAACAGGAGAAGCAAAAGAGCUUUGCACUAGGAACAGUAGUGGAGAAUGGAAGUAAAAAGCGGGCUCACGUUGAAGCAGCUGAAGAUGCUGUUUGUGGGGUUAAUCCGGAUAAUAUGCAUCAACAAAACUGUACGCUACAAGAGAAGGAAAAGAGCUGUGGAGAAGGAACAGUUGUGCAGAAUGGAAGUUCAAGUUUAGGCAUUGUAAACGCUAUGUCACGGCUAAAUGCGUUGAUAAAACAGUGUACUUGGAGGGUAUGUGCUAAGCAAGUGGGUGAUUCUCCUACGUAUUUUGGGAAGAAGGCAAGUUUGGGACAUCAAUGCAAAUCUGAUGUGCGAGGGCAGUACAAAAAACAUGGAACAUCUAGAGUUCUUGCUGCUCUUCUGCGCUCGAAAUACGAAAGACUUCACUGUGGACCUCGUGCUAUGGAACUUCCGGAAGUACUGAGAACGGAAUUCAACUAUACAUGCGCGUACUGGAAAGCUUGGAAAGCUAAGGAACUAGCAAUAGCGUCUGCCCAAGGAACAGAGGAAAUGUCUUACAAGAUGUUACCACAGUACUUGCACGUACUGAAAUUAUCAAAUCCUCGAACAAUCACGGAUAUUAAAACCGAACUUGAUAAAGAAGGAAAAUCGAGGUUCCUGUAUGCAUUCAUGUCACUGAAGGCUUGUAUCGAUGGGUGGCAGCAUUUGCGUAAGGUCCUUGUGGUGGACGGCACCCACAUGUUUGGGAAAUACAAAGGGGUAUUGCUUAGUGCUAGCGGGCAAGACGCAUACUGCCGCGUAUUCCCUAUUGCUUUCGCCGUAGUGGAUAGCGAGAACUCAGAUUCUUGGAAGUGGUUCUUCGAAAGAUGCGCCGCUAUAUUUGCAGCUAAAGAUAAAUGGUAUCCGUCUGCACACCAUGGUAUUUGUCUUGAACACCUUAAGUGUAACGUGGGCGAUAAGUACAAAGGACUGGAUCAGAAGCAUAUGGUGGCCAGGGCAGCAGAAGCUUUCAAAGUUUCUGAAUUUCAAAAGAUCUAUGACCUUAUAAAGCUCACGGAUUGGAGAUGUUGGGAUUACUUGGAGAAAAUCGACAAAAAGUUAUGGUCGCGUUCACAUUUCGAAGGAACGUUGAAUAAGGCGCUGCUGCCAGCGCGUGAUAGCCCUAUAAUGGCACUGCUGGAGUUUAUAAGACGGAUGUUGACUAGAUGGUUCGAGUGCAGGCGCUACGAUAUUAGUAAAAUGCAGGGAAAUAUUCCAAAGAUAAUUGAUGAAUUAGUGGUCGAAUAG